AUGGCUGCUUACUGUAAAACAUAUGAUAUUUCCAAUGAAAUGAGGAAGAAAUACCGCGGCGGUACAGUUUCAAUGACUGUUACUGAAGCAGAUCUUAAUCCAUGGUAUUUCUGCAGGAUUUGCCAGCAUUGCGCACGCGAACCAACUUGCUGCCCAUCCGGCGAUGUUUUCUGCAAGGAAUGCAUUCUAGAUUAUAUAUUAUCUCAUAAAGCUAAAAAGACUUCUGCAGUGACAAUAGAUCCAAACAUGAAAAAUGAAAUUGAUAAAUUCUUAGAUCUUCAAAGAAUUGUUCCAAAGUCAAAUCCUGAAGCCAAAAUUGAGAAGAAGCCGGAAGUCAAACCAAGCCACAAGAAAAAAUCUGAAAAGAAAGUGAAAGUUUUAUGUCCUCAAUGCAACAAAAAAAUUAAAUAUCAGAAACUGCUUGACUUGACAGUAGUCUUUGAUGGUGACAUUCCUAUUUGCAAAGCAUGUGGCAGACAAAUCGUAGGUGAAACAAGAGCGAUGAGAUUAGAUUGCUCUGAUGUUAUUUGCAAUAAAUGCCUAUCUGGAAUAGCUAAACAGACGAAACAAUGCCCUGUUUGCCAUAAAGAUAUCAAUAUUGAUAACACAAUAUUACUUAAUAAAACUGUUAUCAAUUUAAAGCAAGCAGAUGGUAAAAUAGUAAUAUCACAUCAAGAUCUAAUCGAUUCAUUUGGAUGA